GCAAUUUAUAGCAGUGACUUGAAACCUUUCUUGCUCAUUCUUUCUUCAUUUUGCAUUUUUGCGUCUUUAUGAAGCAUAGGGCAGAUUUUCACGAAUUAACCCUUAUUUUAAGUUCCAGUGGAUUACCAUGUAAACGCAAGGCAUGUUUUUGCCAAAACACAUCUGCAAGAGGCUGCACGACGGAGGCGCCAUGACUUCAAGUAAAAUUGAACUGCGUGGGGAAGUGAAGACGGACGCGGCGGCGCUGAUGGCGUCGCUCCAGCUGAUACCUUCGCCGGUGUCCGACCCGGAGAUCAAACACACCAAGAUAUUCAUAAAUAACGAGUGGCAAGCCUCAGUAAGCGGAAAGGUGUUUCCUGUAUACAACCCUGCUAACGGAGAGAUGAUCUGUGAAGUUCAAGAGGCUGACAAGGCCGACGUGGACAAGGCGGUCCAGGCCGCCCGCCUGGCGUUCUCACUGGGCUCCGUGUGGCGAAAAAUGGAUGCUUCCGAGCGUGGGAGGCUGCUGUCCAAACUAGCGGACCUGGUCGAGAGGGACAGCACUUAUCUCGCCACACUGGAGUCGCUGGACAGUGGGAAGCCUUUUCUCUCUACUUUCUAUGUGGACCUUCAGGGCACAAUUAAAACUCUACGAUACUUCGCUGGAUGGGCGGACAAGAUCCACGGCCAAACCAUUCCCAUGGAUGGAGAUUAUUUUUCAUUCACCAGAAAUGAGCCCAUCGGUGUUUGUGGACAGAUUAUCCCAUGGAACUUCCCCCUGCUGAUGAGUGCCUGGAAGCUGGCCCCCGCACUCUGCUGUGGGAACACUGUGGUCAUCAAGCCUGCUGAGCAAACCCCACUCAGCUGCCUCUACUUGGGAGCUCUCAUCCAUGAGGCUGGGUUUCCACCAGGAGUUGUCAAUAUUUUGCCAGGAUUUGGGCCAACAGCCGGCGCCUCCAUUGCCUCCCACAUGGGCAUAGACAAAGUAGCGUUUACAGGAUCCACAAAGGUUGGGAAGCUGAUCCAGGAGGCAGCUGGGAGAAGUAAUCUGAAGAGAGUGACGCUGGAACUUGGAGGGAAGAACCCCAACAUCAUUUUUGCUGAUGCUGACUUGGACGUGGCCGUGGAGCAGGCUCACCAGGGCGUCUUCUUCAACAACGGCCAGUGCUGCACCGCAGGCUCCCGCAUCUACGUGGAGGAGCCCAUCUAUGAGGAGUUUGUGCGCCGGAGCGUGGAGCGGGCUAAGAGGAGGGUGGUGGGGAGCCCGUUUGACCCCAGCACAGAACAGGGCCCCCAGAUCAGUCUGGAGCACCAGAGCCGCGUCCUGGAGCUGAUCCAGAGCGGCAUCAGCGAGGGGGCCAAGCUGGAGUGCGGAGGGAAAGCCCUGGGGGUGAAGGGCUUCUACAUCGAGCCGACCGUGUUCUCCAAUGUCUGCGACGACAUGCGCGUCGCCAAGGAGGAGAUCUUUGGUCCGGUGCAGCAGAUCAUGAAGUUCAAAACUAUUGAGGAGGUGAUCGAAAGAGCCAACAACUCUGACUACGGGCUGACUGCGGGCGUGUUCACGAAGGACAUCAGCAGAGCCAUGACUCUGUCCUCGGCCAUACAGGCUGGAACUGUCUGGAUCAACUGUUAUAACGCUCUUGGCACCCAGUGUCCGUUCGGUGGAUUUAAGAUGUCUGGCAAUGGAAGAGAACUGGGGAAGUACAGUCUGCGGGAGUACUCAGAGCUCAAGACGGUCACGGUAAAGCUGCUGGAGAAGAACUCCUAAGCUGUGCGCUCGAGGUGGAGGUGACUCGCGGAGAGGCGCUCGUGUGUCCACCAGCCGUAGCGAAGCCUCUGGGACGUGAAGGACGAUGUCCGCGUGCUGACGGCACCCGCGAGCGGAGGCCUCUCUGCUGAAGCCCUUCACUUUCUGUCCACACUGGGGAGGACGCGUGUAGGAGAAAGGGGACAUUUCAAAGCACGCACACCAUUGAAGGUCUUCCGCAUUCUAACUGCCUUAUUUGAACAUUAAUGCUUAAUAAUCCAAGUUUAGGCUGCACCUAGUCUACUGUCCUUGUUAACCUCCAAAGAAAAACUGAUGUACUCGCUCUAUCCAGUCUAAUCAUGCGUAUGUCUUUUCCUCGAACACUUAACACUGUGCAUCAUCUUCUAUUGAUAUUUAAGAAGGACAUUUCAUGCCACUGUAAGGAAAACCAAGAAGAACCUCCAACACCUUAUUGGGUUUCAUGCAGACAGACAAUGUUAUACUGAUGUCCAUUCUGCUAUGUUUAUACAUUUAUGAAUGAUGACAGGAUAGGAAUUAAGAUAUAGAAAACUACUAGAGUAUUGUUUCCAUUAAAAAAAAACAAAACAAA